UUUUAAUAUCGAGCGCGAUAGUUCCAAUGACUCGUAAUGUACGGUGGCGCACCGUAGCGGCGGACAAACGUAUACGACAAUACAAACAAAUGUUUUUCGGUUUGGUCGAAUUUUCCGUUUCGCCAAAAAAUAUUUGCAACAUUAUUUUAGCGUCUCUCGUCCUCGCAUCUUGGUACUAUGUUGUUGUUCUACAGAAACAUUUGUUGAAAAAAUAAACAAAUAUGCCACUAACAGCUGAUGCUAUUGCCGCACAACAAGUGCAAGAACGUUUGAAAGCACUUAUUGGAAUUGUACAGGAAAUUGAGAAGAAACGGGUAGUGUGCGAGAAUGGUGUUACAGCCCUACAGAAGUUUCAGAACUCUCAAGAUGAUAAAUCUGGACACUAUCAAGCUAAAUUAAAAUCCAUGGUGAAAACAUCAAUAGCACAAGCAGAACAAGAGGAGGAAGUCAUACGAAAGGCGCUGCAAAAGAUUACUGAGAUCAGGAAUAUAAAAAAUGAGAGGAGAAUGCAGGCCAGACAUGCAUGCAGCAAAGAAUCAAUUCGUGGCGGCACAUGGAUGAAAAUGUUGCUCAGUUCAGCCAGAACUUUGCCACUGUUUGUUAGUAAAGUUGGGGAAAAACCACCACCAUUAUGUGGUGCCAUUCCUGCAGAUCCAAAUUACAUAGCAAAGAUUGGUGAUAUGGUGGCGGCGUUGGCAAAAGAAGCAGUCGGAACAGAAGAGAAUUGGAUUCUUGCUGAGGUGGUGAGCUACAACUCACAGACUAGUAAAUAUGAAGUGGACGACAUAUUAAAAGAACAAAACCAAAAAGGCAGGCACACACUGAGCAAAAGGCGAGUGGUUCCUUUGCCUUUAAUGAGAGCGAAUCCAGAGACUGAUUCAAACGCGUUGUUCCCCCAGGGAACUUUAGUGAUGGCUCUUUUCCCCCAAACUACCUGCUUUUACCAGGCGUUGGUGAAUAAACCGCCUCAAACUCAUAUGGAUGAAUACGAGGUUUUGUUUGAGGAUUCCACUUACCCAGACGGUUACAGUCCGCCUCUUCACGUGGCUCAACGCUAUGUUAUCGCCAUCAAGCAGAAGACGAAACAAAGUUGACAGUCUCUAUUUGAUAAUAUUGAACCUGGCUGCAGUACCAUAUAAAUUAUUUUAUCACUUCUGUUUAAUUUUAAUUAAGCACGAUGUUUAUUUUCAAGAAAAAGCGAAAAGAAAUUAUAAAAUAUUUUAUUGAAUAAAUAUAUUUCAAUUUUCA